CUAGAUUUUGAAUCAACAGGUUGGGGAUUUGGGACCCAUUCUUGACGUGAUAGCUGUCGUGCUGGAGAAUAUCUCAACUACGACCAUUAUGGCUAGAACAACUAUUGCUGCUGUCUAUCGGACUGUACAGAUCGUUUCUUCCAUCCCUAACAUAUCACAUCACAAGAAGGCCUUCCCAGAAGCUCUAUUUCAACAAUUGCUCUCAGCAAUGGUCCAUCCAGACCAUGAAACGAGAGUUGGGGCUCACCGUAUUUUUUCCGUUGUGCUCAUGCCAUCACUGGUGUGUCCUCCAUCAGAAAUGUACAAAAAGACCUCAGAGCCACGUCUCUCAAGAUUCUCUUCUUCGCUUACUACCUCAGAAGAGGAACUGACUUCUCUGCGGUUGAGUAGUCACCAAGUAGGUCUUCUUCUUUCAUCCAUCUGGGUUCAGGCAACUUCCACAGAAAACACUUCUGCAAAUUUUGAGGCAAUGGCCCACACGCACAACCUAGCUCUAUUGUUUUCUCGGUCCAAGACCUCCAGUCACAUGUCUCUAGUUCGGUGUUUCCAGCUGGCAUUCUCACUCAGGAGUAUCUCUCUUGAACCGGAUGGAGGUCUGCAGCCAUCUCGGAGAAGGUCCCUCUUUACCUUGGCAUCAUCGAUGCUCAUCUUUUCAGCCAAGGCGGGCAAUCUUCCACAGCUGGUUCCUUUUAUUAAAGCAACGCUUACAAAUAAAACGAUUGAUCCUUAUCUUGAGUUGGUUGAAGAUACUAGGUUACAAGCUAUUAGCAUAGUAUCAGAUAGUGAGAAGACCAUGUAUGGAUCACAGGAAGAUGAAGUUGCUGCAUUGAAUUUUCUCUCAUCAAUAGAAGCAGACGAUGGACAGUUAAAAGAAACCCUGAUAUCCCAUCUCAUGAAAAAGUUUGGUAACUUAUCUGAGGAUGACUUAUCAAGUAUAAAGAAGCAGCUAGUUGAAGUAUUUUCACCUGAUGAUGCUUAUUCGUUGGGAGCACCACUAUUCAUGGAGACUCCACGGUCAUGUUCUCCUCUUGCGCAAAUGGAGUUUCAUGCUUUUGAUGAGAUCAUGAAUCCAGCUGCAUUGACAGAUGACGAAUCUUUCCCUGAAGAAAGUGCAAGCCAAUUGGGUCGCAAAACAUCACUUUCUGUCAAUUCACUUGACAUUCUGAGUGUUAACCAACUCUUAGAAUCGGUCUUGGAUACGGCAAGGCAAGUUGCAAGCUUCCCUGUUUCCACACCACCAAUACCUUAUGAUCAAAUGAAGAAUCAAUGUGAGGCACUUGUAAUGGGUAAACAGCAGAAGAUGUCUGUACUUCUAAGUUUCACGACUCAGCAGGAUGCCAUUGGAAUAGUCGUCCCUGCGGAAAAUGAAAGUAAAGGUCCCUCUUCUGCAAUUAUGAAAAUGGAGUUUCAAGAGGGGGUUUUGACAUUAGUGGAUACGGAGCAAUUUCAAAGACCGGAUCAGUUGUGCUGUUUGAGUGAGUUUGAGCAGCAGUCUUUCAAGCUACCUCCUUCCAGCCCUUACGACAAAUUCUUAAAAGCUGCUGGCUGCUGAAAAGAUAAGCAUUAGUGUCUACAUAUGGUGGAACCAGUGAUGAGGCAAAAUUGGAUUUCAGCGGCGGAUGAAGCUUGUAUCUGCGAGACACCAAGAUGCUAAUAGACUUCAUUUCUAUUAUUUCAGUUAUUUAUUUUUAUGCAAAUAUUUAUAAAUUGUGUAAAAAGUGAUAUUGUGACAUGUGGUUGUAUUCAGACGUUAGUAAUGUAUAUGAUAAAUUGAGCAGUAUGCAAGUCAUAAGACUUGUCUCUGCAGCCAAUUACAAUUGGGCUUAGAAUUGUACACUAGGGAUCCAUCCUUUCAAGGCUGGAAACCCAACUAUGGAAAUUGGAUUAUAUUAACUUGGUUUUCACA